AUGCUAUCACUUUCAAGAUCGUCCAUCCGUGGGGCUACUUCAAAUGCUCUGAGAGCGUCUGUUCUGUGCUCUUCAAGAAGAGCAGCUUCAAGCGCCGACUGGGUUUAUGCCGGGAGUGCGAACAAGAGAUAUGCUUCAACCGCGCUUCUCAGAAACGAAAAUGUUCAUACCAAAGCUUUAACACCAUCUGCUAGGAUUUUUAUGGGGCGCCGUUUUGAGGCAACCUCUGUCAAAGUGCCUCCGAUGGCCGAAUCUCUGACUGAAGGUUCUCUAAAAGAUUUCACAAAAGAGGUGGGUGACUUUAUCGAAGAAGACCAGUUGUUGGCUACUAUCGAAACAGAUAAGAUCGAUAUUGAAGUGAAUUCGCCGGUCAGUGGUACCAUCAAGAAGCUUAAUUUCAAGCCCGAAGAUACGGUCACAGUGGGCGAAGAGUUAGCUACUAUUGAACCAGGUGAACGUAGUUCAUCACCGGAGAAGAAAGAGGAGCCCAAGAAAGAAGAAUCAGAAACUUCCGCUCCACCACCUCCUCCGACUCCUGCACAAGAACAGAAAGAGGAGCGAGAGGAGCCAAAGAAGGAGAAACCAGCACCUAAACCAAAGAAGGAGGAACCUGCACCUAAGCCAAAACAAGAUGAUUCGAAGCCUCUAGCUUCAUUUACGUCGUUCUCUCGUGAUGAGAGCAGAGUCAAGAUGAACCGUAUGAGAAUGAGAAUUGCAGAGAGAUUAAAGGAAUCUCAAAAUACUGCAGCAUCUUUAACAACUUUUAACGAAUGUGAUAUGUCUGCUGUUAUGGAGAUGAGAAAGCUAUAUAAAGAUGAAAUCAUUAAGAAGAGAGGUACAAAGUUUGGUUUUAUGGGUCUGUUCUCUAAAGCUUGUACUUUAGCCGCCAAGGAUAUCCCAGCAGUAAACGGUGCCAUUGAGGGUGAUCAGAUCGUCUACCGUGACUAUACUGAUAUUUCAAUUGCUGUUUCUACUCCAAAAGGUUUAGUCACCCCAGUUGUUCGUAAUGCCGAGUCUUUGAGUGUCCUUGAAGUUGAAGAAGAAAUUGUUCGUCUGAGCACUAAGGCUCGUGAUGGUAAAUUAACCUUGGAAGAUAUGACUGGAGGUACUUUUACAAUUUCAAACGGUGGUGUGUUCGGUUCUUUAUAUGGUACUCCAAUCAUUAAUAUGCCUCAGACAGCUGUUCUGGGUUUACAUGGUAUUAAAGAGAGACCUGUAACUGUCAAUGGCCAGAUUGUUUCGAGACCGAUGAUGUAUUUAGCUUUGACAUAUGAUCACAGGUUAUUAGAUGGUAGGGAGGCAGUCACUUUCUUGAGGACUAUUAAAGAAUUGAUUGAGGAUCCAAAGAAAAUGUUGUUGUUCUAG